UUGCAUUUUUCGGAAAUGGGAUUCGGCAUCGAGGCGUUAAGAGGUGUGCUGCCAACAAAAAAGCAAGAGAGCAAGCAUACGGCGUGCAAUUGGGUGUUUUUCAAAAAAUAAGGUCUGGGGUCUCUGGGUUGGUUUUGUUCAAAAGAGGACGAGAUCCAUGGCUUGUUUGAUGUUUCUUCAUUUCAUCUCUUCGUUUCUACAUUUUACACAUUUGGCCGCACACAAAGAUGCGAUAAAGCCUUUACCUCUUUCUUUUUAUGCCCCCUUUUUUUUCCUCUCCUAUUUUCCCUUUGUCAUGGCAUUACUAGCAAGUAGCACUAGGAACAUGAAGGGUAUUAUUACUCUGUCCGAAAUUCUUGUGUCCCAACGUUCCAUGAUCUGAUCCUUUUUCCUUUUUGUUUGAUCCAUCCCCGUCGACGGGGACCAACGC